AUGUCUCUUUUACCUUUAUUAUUGGAUGAUUUGCGACCCCCCCGUCUGGUGGACCAACAUUUCGGGCUAGGUUUGACUCCGGACGAUCUUCUGAGCGUUGUCGCUGGUCCUCUUGCCCUCCGGGAUUACUACAGACCCUGGCGUCACCUGGCAGCCGCGACUCGCGACCUUGGGUCCAGCAUCAAGGCCGACAAAGACAAAUUCCAGGUGAAUUUAGAUGUCCAGCAUUUCACUCCUGAGGAGAUAACCGUUAAGACAGCUGAUGGGUACAUCGUGGUAGAAGGAAAGCACGAAGAGAAGAAAGAUCACCAUGGAUACAUUUCUCGUCAGUUUACUAGACGGUACGUGUUGCCAGAGGGCUGUGUUCCGGAGUCAGUUGAAUCUCGUUUGUCAUCUGAUGGUGUGCUGACCGUUAUUGCUCCAAGGAAGGUGCCAUCAGCAGUGCAGGGUGAAAGAAACGUACCAAUUGCUCAAACGGGGCCUGUUCGGAAGGAGGUUAAUGCUCAGGCGAACGGCGACAAAGCUGAAUAA